AUGGAGGGCGCAGGGUCCCGGGGGGCCGGGCCGGCGCGGCGCCGGGGAGCCGGGGGGCCGCUGCCGCCGCCGCUGCUGCCGCUGCUGCUGCUGCUCUGGCUGCUGCCCGGCCCCGCGGCGCCCGAGGAGCUGAACCCGCGCGGCCGCAACGUGUGCCGUGCGCCCGGCUCCCAGGAGCCCGUGUGCUGUGCCGGCUGGAAGCAGCAGGGGGACGAGUGUGGGAUCGCGGUGUGCGAAGGCAACUCCACGUGUUCGGAGAACGAGGUGUGCGUGCGGCCGGGCGAGUGCCGCUGCCGCCAUGGCUACUUCGGUGCCAACUGCGACACCAAGUGCCCGCGCCAGUUCUGGGGGCCCGACUGCAAGGAGCUGUGCGUCUGCCACCCGCACGGGCAGUGCGAGGACGUGACCGGCCAGUGCACGUGCCACGCGCGGCGCUGGGGGGCGCGCUGCGAGCACGCGUGCCAGUGCCAGCACGGCGCGUGCCACCCGCGGAGCGGCGCGUGCCGCUGCGAGCCGGGCUGGUGGGGCGCGCAGUGCUCCAGCGCCUGCUACUGCAGCGCCACGUCGCGCUGCGACCCGCAGACGGGCGCGUGCCUGUGCCACGCCGGCUGGUGGGGCCGCAGCUGCAACAACCAGUGCGCCUGCAACGCGUCCCCCUGCGAGCAGCAGAGCGGCCGCUGCCAGUGCCGCGAGCGGACGUUCGGCGCGCGCUGCGAGCGCUACUGCCAGUGCUUCCGCGGCCGCUGCAGCCCCGUGGACGGCACGUGCGCCUGCGAGCCGGGCUUCCGCGGCAAGUACUGCCGGGAGACGUGCCCCGCCGGCUCCUACGGCCUGGGCUGCCGCCGCAGAUGCGGGCAGUGCAAGGACCAGCAGCCGUGCACGGUGACGGACGGCCGCUGCGUGACCUGCGAGCCCGGCUGGAACGGCACCAAGUGCGACCAGCCUUGCGCCGCCGGCUUCUACGGCGAGGGCUGCAGCCACCGCUGCCCGCCGUGCCGCGACGGCCACGCCUGCAACCACGUCACCGGCAAGUGCACGCGCUGCAACGCGGGCUGGAUCGGCGACCGGUGCGAGAACAAGUGCAGCAAUGGCACGUACGGCGAGGACUGCGCGUUCGUGUGCGUGGACUGCGGCAGCGGCCACUGCGACUUCCAGUCCGGGCGCUGCCUGUGUAGCCCCGGUGUCCACGGGCCCCACUGUAACCUGACGUGCCCGCCCGGGCUGCACGGGGUGGAUUGCGCCCAGGCCUGCAGCUGCCAUGAGGACUCGUGCGACCCAGUCACUGGUGCCUGCCGCCUGGAGACCAACCAGCGCAAGGGAGUGAUGGGCGCGGGCGCGCUGCUCGCCCUGCUCCUGGGUCUGCUGCUCUCGCUACUGGGCUGUUGCUGCGCCUGCCGUGGCAAGGACCCCGCGCACCGGGAGCUGUCGCUGGGGAGGAAGAAGCCGCCAAAACGACUGUGCGGGCGCUUCAGCCGCAUCAGCAUGAAGCUGCCCCGGAUCCCGCUCCGCAGGCAGAAGCUGCCCAAGGUCGUAGUGGCCCACCACGACCUGGAUAACACGCUCAACUGCAGCUUCCUGGAGCCACCCUCCGGGCUGGAGCAGCCCUCCCCGUCCUGGUCUUCCCGGGCCUCCUUCUCCUCCUUCGACACCACUGACGAAGGCCCUGUGUACUGCGUGCCCCACGAGGAGGCGGCAACCGAGAGCCGAGACCGAGAAGUCCCCGCCGCCCCAGCGGAGGCCCCCGCGCCCGCGACCACCCCGGCGGCGCCAGCGGAGGAGGCGCCCCUGCCCGCGUCCUCCGACAGCGAGCGGUCCGCGUCCAGCGCGGAGGGGCCGGGCGGGGCGCUGUACGCGUGCGUGGCCCGGCGCGAGGCCCGGCCGGCCCGGGCCCGGGGCGAGGCGGGGGGCCUGUCGCUCUCGCCGUCGCCGGAGCGCAGGAAGCCGCCGCCGCCGGACCCCGCCACCAAGCCCAAGGUGUCCUGGAUUCACGGCGGCAAGCCAGGCGCUGCCCGCGCGCCUUCGCCGCCAUCCCUGGGCCUCGAGGUGGCGCCCAGCCCCAGCAAGCGGAAACGGACACCCAGCGACACCUCGGCGGCGCGGCCCGAAGAGCCGGGCAGCUCCCGGACCCAGGACCCGGCGGCGCCGCGGCCCCCAGGGCUGGCCGAAGAGGAGCCGGCCCUGGCCGCCGCCGCCGCGCCCUCCCCGCCCCGGGCCCGGGCGCGGGGCCGCGGGCCUGGCCUCGCCGAGCCCACGGACGCCGGUGGCCCCCCGCGCAGCGCGCCCGAGGCCGCCUCCAUGCUGGCCGCCGAGCUGCGCGACAAGACUCGCAGCCUGGGCCGCGCCGAGGGCGCCCCGGGCACGCCCGGCCCCCGCGAGAAGCCGGCGCCGCCGCAGAAGGCCAAGCGCUCGGUGCUGCCGGCCUCGCCGCCGGUCCUCACGCCCCCGGCGCCCGAGGCCCCGGGGCCCGAGAAGGCGGCGGCGGCGGUGGCGGCCGGCUCACCCCUGCCCGACACCCCCCGGAAGAGGACCCCCAUCCAGAAGCCGCCGCGCAAGAAGAGCCGGGAAGCGGCGGGCGAGCUGGGCAGGGCGGGCGCGCCCACCCUGUAG